ACUCCAGACCGAGUCCAGCCCCACGUGGUUCUGUGUUUGUUUGUCUGGGGAGUUUCGUCUCGAGUCUAAUGGCGUCGGUUCCGUGCGGACUCGGUGAGACAGUGUGAGCGGUGACUGUCUGUGGUGACCGGGGUUUGCUUCUGUCUUUGCUUCUGAUGGAGAAUCCGCUUCCUCGACGGAGCAUCACCUUCCCUGGUGACUUCACCUGGAACAGUGUGUCAGGAUGCAGCGUUGGCCUGAAGCCAGUCCACUUGCAAAGCCUCUCAGAGCUGGAGAGGGUUCGUCUCCAGGAAGUGGCCUUUAGGCGAUUGCUCCGGGAUCGCGACCUCGGCUGCCACAUCACCAUCCCUAAAUGCCACAAGCCCAAGAAGUCACUGAAGAAGAAGUUGGAUUCAUUAUCGAAAGAGAAGAGUAAAGAUAAAGAGACCGCGCCACAGGCGUUUGGCAUUCCGCUGUCGCAGGUCAUUUCAAACGACCGCACGCACAAGCAGAGGCAUGAUCCCCCGCGGGAGGAGCACAGCGACCCCACUGAACUGAUGUUAUCCUUCCUUCACCUCACCUCCAGCCUCAAACGGCCCAACAAAGAGCUCUCCAGCAGCACCUCGUCGCUCAGCUCCAACUCCGAGACCCCUAACGAAUUUCCUCCUCUGAGUGUGCUGGACGCAGCCCCGCGGACUCGCAGGAGGGGUGGAGUGUCUGUAGAUUGCAUCACUGACCUUGAUGAUAACCAGUCUCGGCUCUUGGAGGCCCUCCAGCUGUCUCUGCCAGAAGAGGCAGCUGGCAAAAGGAAGAAGCGCCAUGACAAAAAGCUCAGCCUUAACCCUAUUUACAGACAGGUGCCCAGGGCGCUGGAUCUCUGCUGCCAGCACCUAGAAAAACACGGCCUGCAAACGGUUGGAAUAUUCCGGGUAGGGAGUUCCAAGAAGAGAGUGCGACAGCUUCGUGAGGAGUUUGACCAGGGGUGGGAGGUGAGCCUGGAUGAGGAGCACAGUGUCCACGAUGUUGCUGCGCUGCUGAAAGAAUUCCUCCGAGACAUGCCCGAUCCACUGCUGACCAGAGAACUGUACACGGCCUUCAUCAACACACUGUUGCUGGAUCACUCGGAACAAGAGAGCGCCAUCCAGCUCCUGAUGUUUCUGCUUCCUCCCUGUAACAGUGACACGCUGCUGCGUCUCCUCUGCUUGUUGUCCACUGUGGCUGCACACGCUGAAGACAGCCUGGACAACGAGGGGCAGGAGGUAACAGGAAACAAGAUGACAUCACUCAAUCUGGCGACCAUCUUUGGACCCAACCUCUUGCACAAGCAGAAAAAGGACAAAGAGUUUGCGGUGCAGAGUUUUGCUCGUGCAGAGGAGAGCAUGGCCAUCAUCAGCGUGGUCCAAAGGAUGAUCAAUACAUACCAUUCGCUGUUUAUGGUUCCUGCUGACCUGCAGAAUGAGGUGCUGAUGAGUUUACUGGAAACGGAUCCUGAUGUUGUCGAUUAUUUACUCAGGAGGAAGGCCUCGCACUGCUCAGAUCCAAGCCUUCUCAGAGCAGAAGAGUCCUUCUCUCCGACCGAGCGAUGCUUGUCCAGAGACUCCAAAGCAUGGAGUGGAGAGGUGUCUCCCUACGACAACAACUCUCCUGUCCUGUCAGAUGGACCGCUGUGGAAAUACCCAGAGGACAGGAGUCCGCUCUCAGACAGAGUCCCCAGACUAUCUGCUCAUUCAAAAGACAGAUCUGGCAGCACCUCUCCGACACUUUCUAAAGCGGCCUCAUCUAUUUCUGGCAACGACAGUUUCUGGGACACCUGGCACGAGCUGUUAAACAAAGAUGUCAGUGGCCGUCACGUCACUGGCUCCCUUGGAGACAUGUCGGAGUGUGAGUCGUAUGGAUCAUCAGAGGGGCUGAGCAGUCACCAAGGUAACCACAAGUUGCCUGUCGGACCAACUCACAGCUCAUUGGGUGUGCUGGAUUGCAGACCACACCUCCCGGUGACUCGCAGCAGCAGCAGCGGUCCUCCUGACCGGCUGGGACACAGACGACCGGGAUCGUCGUUACAUCAAGGACUGAGCAGCCAAUCAGGAGCCAUUAGCUCAGACGACUUAGCGGCAAGGACAGGACUCCCUUCAUGUCCGUUGUUAAAGGUCAGAGUGGGGCGUUUGUCUCCCCUCGACUACUCUGGACCUCUGAGGGAGACCCAUAUAUCUCACUCCACACCCUCUCUCUUCACGUGUCCGUCUGACCCUCAAACAGCCCAACAGUCCCAGCACAGCUCUGCUUCCCAGACUGGAGAUAUGACAGACGCCUCCGGACGUGGACGACGAAAGUCGAGCAGGCCAAACUGGCAGACAGAGAGGUGGCAUAUAUGGCAGAUACUGUCAAAGGAAAAUUCAGAGGCUCUGCCAGAAACCUUGGUGUGACGCACACGUUGACUCUGAACCAUAGUGAAGAUAAAAUGUAGAUAUUUUGUCACAUCACAAGAUACUGACAUGGUUCUAUUUAUCUAUAAUUUCAGCACCAGUUCACGUUUUUAUCUUUUAUAGGCUCAUAGAACUUUGCACCGACUUUCUUUUUAGUUGUUACUUCAUGAAAUUUUUAUUUCAUAUGUAAUUUUUCAGCUUUUUUAUUUCUCAUGUAACCACAAACAUAGAUGAAAAACUUGUAUUAGACUCAAAUGUUUUCCCCUGAUUUGAAGCCAUGAAUGUUUUGUAAUGCUGAAUGUAAAUAUAUAACUGUUUGUGUACAGUUUGUUUCUGAUAUGUUUUCAAUCCACUUUAAUAUUUUUUUUUGCUUUAGGAUCCAAUUGUAAUGUUCUUAGUUGUGGAAAUUCUGCAGCCUAUUUACCAUCUAAGGCGUUAUUUAUUUCAUUCAGUAAUCUGAAACUAGAGAUAUAUAUUAAUCUAUAUAUUUUAGAAUGCACUAUAUUUAUAUUAUAUUUCUAGAUUUCCCAAAAAAUAUGUUAAUUGUCACAUUUAAGCACUCGUUUUCUCUUCAUACUCUUCUGUACUUGUUCUGCGAUGCAGAGAUCAUCUGUAAAUUGACAUUACUUAGUUAUUUAAUGCUCAUUCUUUUCUCCAGCCGCCACUUAAUACAUCAACUGUGAUUUGUUUCUCAUUUUCCCCCUUAAACUAAUAUCAGCCUCUCCCGUGUGAUACAUUGAAAUGAAAUGGAAACUAAAGCACUUAAAGUGAUUUGUUAUCGUUAUUAUUUUUUUUUAAAUCAUUGUCUUGGGUUUUUUUUGGCCUGGAUACAAAGGACUCAACUGAUGUUGAUAUUAAUCUCAAUUUGUUUAAGCUCCUACACCAUAGCCACAUUCCAAGUUUAGCAACAAUUCAACAUGCCGUUGUGAUGAGGUAUGAGAUACUCAACACUCGUAAUUCAUACGAACCCUCUAUUCCUUCAGACUGGA